AUGGUUCAGGGUAGGAGUGAAAACACUUGUCAGUAUAUUUUCAACCUUAUGCAGAACUUUCCUAGACGGUGGGUUGUUUUUGAUUUGAGGACUCCUGAAGAGUAUUCGCAUAUGAGACUACUAAGGUCAAUUAAUGUUCCUUAUUCUGACAAUUAUUCAGAGUCCCCCACAAUAGAUGAAGUUAGAGCUCAUGCUAGAGGAAGUCGCGAUUUAUUUGAUCACAGAAAGAGAUUUCUAAAUAUUAUUGUUUAUUGUGCGGAAGGUGUAGCUUUUGCUAGAGAAAUAGAGCAUCUGCUGACUGCAGACAAAUGCAAGGAAGUCCAUUUACUUCAGAAAAACUUUAGUGAUUUUGCUUUAAACUAUUAUUUUCUUUGCACUUAUGGAAUUAAUGAUCCAUAUAGUUAGUGACACUGACUGGCACGGGUGCUUUUGGCUCGAAACUGAGCAAAGCACCCCGUGCCAGUCAGUGUCACUAACUAUAUAUUCCAAAAUGAGGUUAUCCAAGUGAAAUUAUUUCCCUUAAGCUAUAUAUUGGAGAUAGGCAUCAUGCGAAAGAUCCUUUAAUCAUAGAGAACUUAAAAAUAACGCACAUUCUUGAUGCUACAAUAUCCUCAGCGCCAUCCUCGGGCAAUUCCUAUAUCAUUUUCCUGUCAUUGAUAUGGGUACUACCUAUUAGCUGGGAGAGCUAGAAAUGCCAUUUGCUAGCAAAGGGGUGAUUUAUCUCAGACUUCAAGUGAAGGACUGCAAUUAUGAAGAUAUAUCAAGGUAUUUCAGCAUUGCUUUUGAUUUCAUAAGUACAGCUUUAAGUAAAUGCAGCAAUAGAGUAUUAGUACAUUGUGCCCAAGGAAUAAGCAGAUCUUCAACACUUGUCAUUAUGUAUCUAAUGAAGUCUAGAAAGAUAGGGUUCGAGGAAGCCUUCGAGAUUGUAAAAACUCAAAGGGAGUCUGCCUCUCCGAAUGAGGGGUUCAUAAGCCAGCUAAAAUCAUUUGAAAAGAGCCUAAUGAAAGAAUAUAAAGGCACUUAG